GGGGGGUUGGACUAGAUGACCCCCUCCCAGCUGUACAAUUUCUAUGAGACCUUAAAUCUGCAAGUAAAUCAUUUUUAAACAUACUUCAGUGUGUGGUCUAUUCAUGCAGAAGGGGUAGAAGGAACCUGACACAGGAUAAAGAAAGGCUGACUAGCCUAUUCCUAUGCCUCACGAAACUGCCUGAUGAUGAGAAUUAAAUUCUGCUGGGGUGCAGAGAGUCUGCUAAGCUCCAUGCUUUGAAUACAGGCUUGCAGCCAUAUUCCUUUGCUCAUUGUUCCACACACAUGGGUCUACAGAGGAGGAACUAUAAUUAAUAGAUCUUCUUUCCAACUCCCAUCAGUUGGCCUAUGAGUUACAAGAUCAGACGGGCCUUUGGUCUGAACUCACAGAACCCUUCCAAAGUUUGUGUGUGGUUUUUAAAUUCCUUCAUUUUGUUUUAGCAACCCGCCUGCUGUCCUUGGCAAACUGAAGUUCAAGCUCUUUCAAACGUUACCUCUUCCUUUUCGUGCCAGUUGGACGUGGGGGCAAUGACUCGAGGUGAUGGAACAGGAAGCUCACCCAGCGCCCUGUGUUAAUGAAUUACAGAAUCCGAGGAUGGAAGCAAUAAUUUAUUCCCCUCAGAGCACCCCCUGCUCAGAUAGCGAGCCCCUGCCUUCACCCUAGCAAGAGGAUAUUCAGGACCCUCCGCCGAGCCACUAUGAAGUUAAUUGUCAUCACACUGGUCUUGUACCUCUUCACAGGCCAUCCGACUUUUGCCCAAACAGAUAAACGGGUCUCCAAGUUGGAGCAGUUAAAGCACGACUUCACUAAACUCCUGGGAAAGGUCAGCGAGAAAGCGUGGGAUAAAUUGAACUUUGUCAGAAGAUCGAGGCUCGGACAAGAACUGAGAAUCUUGUUUCGUGAUGAUGUUGCAAAACUGCGCAAAUACAUCCAGGACUUGCAGGCUGAGCUGCCACCCGAAAUCACACAGGCCUACCACGCGGCAGUUCAGUUGUCUGGGCACGCCCUGGUGGGCGCCAGCUGUAACCUAGCCGUAUUACGGUCUGCCACAGAAGAGCUCUACGAGGGGCUGGAAUCUCUAGUGACUUUCUACGCCAGCCCCGUCGCGGAGAAGUUGAGACCACACACGCAGGUCCUUAGAAAUAUGGUCGUCCCCAAGGUGCAGGAGCUGGAGGAGAAGCUGAAGCAGCAAGUGGAAGAAAAGGGGCCUGAGCUGAUCCCUUACGCGCGGAAGCUUCACCGCCAGUUGCACGAAUACCAGAGGUCCCUGGAGCCUUAUGCCAACCAGGCCCAGGAGAAGAUCAAGCUGGGCAUAGAGACAUUCAGCCAGACCAUGAAGCGCUACGUCACCCCACUUAUUGAGGCAAUCAAAAAACGCGUCACAGACUCUUAAGAGGUGGAGCUGACAUACCCCCAGUGCUUUCCCCAGAUCUCUGAAGCUUCUCAUAAGCAAUGGAGGGUGGAACCUUGGCCAAACUCUUUGAAACAGAAAGGGUCAAAAAAAGGGAAGCGACUGGAUUGAGUGUUCUCAGCAAUUUGGGGUGGGGAGCAGAGGCUGUUGGUGAUAUCUUCCCUCCCCCAAACCGUGUAAUAAAGGAGCUGUCCCUAAUGAUGCUGGUUUAGGGCUGUGUUUAUGUCUUAAUGUUUUCUGAAAAUAAUCUUAUUGCAUUUGUAUAUAAUAAUAUAAAUGGAGAAAAUGUUGUUACUUGUUAUAAUAUAAAAUCAUAUUAUAAUAUAAUCAGGCUCAGCGAUGCAUGUAAAGUUCAA